AUGGCUGAGAGUUCCCUACUCAGAGACUUAAGGAAUGGGAAGGCUCUCAUCAUACCGGAAGUAUUCCCGGAAGAUCCGGAUGAGAGAGUACCUUUCUCGGCCAGGAUUUUGAAUGAAAAAUUGCCUAAGGGAUACAGGGCCCCGUCAAUCGGGGAAUAUGACGGGAGCAAAGACCCGGAGGAUCAUUUACCUAAAUUUAAGAAUGCAGCUCUGUUGCACCAAUAUAGUGAUGCUGUCAAGUGUCGAGUUUUCUUGAAUACUCUAGCUGGUUCGACACUAAAGUGGUUUGAUGGGCUACCACAAGGAUCCAUCACAUGUUUCUUGGAUUUCAAGACGGCCUUCCUUCGUCGUUUUGCCAACAGCAAAAAAUAUCAGAAGACGGAUCAUUGCCUUUUUGCUCUUAAGCAAGGGCCGACCGACCCUUUAAGAAGUUAUAUCAACCAUUUCAACCAAGUGGCCCAGGAUGUCCCCACCGCCACUUCGGAGAUUCUGAUGAGUGCUUUCUCCCACGGAUUAAGAGAAGGAGAAUUCUUUAAAGAUCUCAUCAAAAAUCUCACUCGGAACUUUGAUGAGAUGGUGGAAAAAGUCGCUUGCUAUAUUAAAGUAGAAGAAGCACAGGCGGCCCGGAGGGAAGCCGAGAGACCGCCUUCGUUUGUCAAUAAGCAGGAAAGAAGGGUACCUCAACUAGCCCCUCAACCUCUUCCAUGA